GCAUUGAGCUGACUUUUAACGUGGGAUUAUGCAUGUUUGCUUUUGUUUCUGUUCAAGACUGGCUUGGAGGGUGUAUACGCACCACAGCCUUUAUGAUUUGGGGCUCUCAAGAUUUUCCCGACCUUUUUUUACACGUAAAAUUACUAACCACGUGUGCUCUGCUCAACAUGAGAAAUUUCACUGCAUCUACAAUUUACCACUGUGCAACAUUUAGUAACAUAACAACAUUUGCAGCUUUCGAAAAAUGUAUCAAGCAUCCCGCAACGACGAGACCGUAGUUUCACAGUUUCAGAUGACCCGACCUAUCCUAACCCAGCCAAACGAAACCUUGUACUGGCCGUAUUCCACCGUGCAUCAGGUUGUUUGUAGCUGGUUCACCUGUUCAACAUAAGCAGUGGAAGCUGGCAAGCAAAAAAUACCUCACACCACAUGGAUUGGUGGAUCUCGGAACUUACGGAGAUUCGCCCAGCAGUCAUAAAGGAGAACUGUGAAAAUAGUCCAGCGGUCCAGUACAUAUUUUCUUUGACCAGUGAUGGCUGACGACCUCGACGUGCACGAACUUUUGGAGGCACCGUACUCCAAAAAGGAGGUCGACGUCAAGGGUGCCGAGAACGGCCGCAGCAGCAGCGGCAACACCAAGAGCAGCAGCAGUCACCGUCACCGAAGCCGAAGUCGGAGCCGAGACCGCGACCGGCGGCGACGCAGCAGGGACAAGGACAGGGACAAAGACAAGGACAAGGACAAAGACAAGGACAAAGACAGGGACAAAGACAGAGACAAGGACAGAGACAAGGACAGCAAGCGGCGCCGCAGCCGGGACGGCAGCCGGGACCGGGACAGGGACCGGGACCGGGACCGGGACCGCAGCCGGCGACACCGCUCCCGCAGUCGGGACCGGGACCGUGACAGGGACCGGGAUCGGGACCGAGACCGAGACCGAGACCGAGACCGAGAUCGGGACAGAGGCCGUGGCCAUGGCCGCUGGCAGGGCCGCUCGCCGCGACACAGUAGCGGCAGAGGGGGUGGUGGCGGCGGCCGUGGACGCGUGGAUAUGACGCCCGAGGAGCGCGACGCGCGCACCGUGCUCUGCAUGCAGGUGUCGCAGCGGCUCAAAACCAGGGACGUCGAGGAGUUCUUCUCAUCGGUGGGCAAGGUGACGGACGUGCGCAUGAUCAUGUGCAACAAGACCCGCCGCUUCAAGGGCAUCGUGUACGUCGAGUUCAAGGACGUGGAGUCGGUACCGCUGGCCAUGGGUCUGACCGGCCAGAAGCUGCUGGGCGUGCCCAUCAUGGUGCAGCCCUCUCAGGCGGAGAAGAACCGAGCUGCGGCGGCAGCGGCCGCGGCUGGCUCCACGCCUCGGCCCAACGCCAGCGGCUCGAUGCGACUGUACGUGGGCUCGCUGCACUUCAACAUCACCGAGGACAUGCUCAAGGGCAUCUUCGAGCCGUUCGGCAAGAUUGACGACAUCCAGCUGAUCAUGGACUCGCAGACGGGUCGCUCGCGCGGCUACGGCUUCCUCACGUUCCACAACGCCGAGGAUGCCAAGCGGGCCCUGGAGAAGCUGAACGGGUUUGAGCUGGCUGGCCGGCCGAUGAAGGUGGGCCACGUGACCGAGCGCUCGGAGGUGGCCGCCGGCGGGCCCAACCUGCUCGACUCGGAUGAGAUGGACCGCUCGGGCGUCGACCUUGGCGCCACCGGCCGACUCCAGCUGAUGGCCAAGCUGGCCGAGGGCACCGGCAUGCAGCUGCCGACGGCCGCCGCCAAUGCGCUCAACCACAACCAGAUGGGCGGCAUCGCGGCCCACUCAGGCAUCGCGCCGCCCAUCGCUACGCAGUGCUUUAUGCUCUCCAAUAUGUUCGACGCCAACACCGUCGCCCAGAACCCGUCCUUCGACUCCGAGAUCCGGGACGAUGUGGUCGAGGAGUGCAACAAACACGGCGGCCUGACGCACAUCUACGUGGACAAGGAGUCGCCGCAGGGCAACGUCUACGUCAAGUGUCCCAGCAUCGCGUCAGCUGCCGCCUCCGUCAACUCGCUGCACGGACGCUGGUUCGCCGGCAAGGUGAUCACGGCCGCGUACGUGCCGCUCAUCAACUACCACAGCCUCUUCCCCGACGCCAUGACAGCGCAGACGCUGCUGGCGCCGUUGCGGGCCCAGCGGAUGAUGUAGGCGGGCGUCUGCCGCCGGCGCGCCGGGGCGGCGGCUCGGCCUGGCCACGGCGGCAGGCGUUGAGCGCGCACCGGGACGGCCGGGCGUGAGGACGGGCUGCGGGCGGCCGACGCGCCGGCCGGCGGAUCACAUCGCCCUGCCACGUGCCGUGCCUGGCGAACGACCUGCGCGCAGUGUUGGCGACGGCGUGACGUCCGGUAGGCGCGGUCCUGGGCCGGAUGACAUUUCCGGAAGCCGAACUGCACCGCGAAGACGCGCCACGUAUACAGUCCUGGACGCCAUGUGCGGGGUGGCGUGGCACGCGAAUCUGUGGCGGUCGUGUACAUCAUAAGGGGGACGUGGCCACGCCCGCUCGUGACCGGGUCCACGCGCUGCCCGCGAGCCGCUGUGGCCGUGACCGCGUCCCCGGGUGAGAGUCUCGAUGUUUGGCCCGGCGGGACCGGACGGGUCGCUGGGGCCGGGGCGUCACGCCCUCCCGUCGCAGUGCCGCCGCCUGCCGGUGGCUCUCGGCGGCAGGCAGAUCGCUGCUGGUGCGCACGACAGAGCGAAUGAGGGUCGGUCCCGCGCACCGGUGGGCGGCAGCGUUCAUAUGUCAUCUUACAUGGUAUUCAAUAAAUGAGGCCACGCAGACUGGUGUCCUUGCUGCUGCUUGCCCCGGUUUUCCGUCCUGAAGCUGCCAAACAGUGCCAAAAUGUUAGCUGCGCGAAUGAUGUUUCUUUCUCGCAACUUUUGUGAAAAAGUCAUUCGUUUGGAUGAAGCUCAAGCCAGGAGUUGCCGUAGAAUAUUCAGGCUAUUUUACUUAGCAAGUGGAAAAAACACGAGUGGAAUAAAAUCACACUGAAGGAAAGCAA